AUGCUGCCAGUCACUACGCUCGUGGUCACUAUUCAAUCGGAAGAGAUGUCAAAAAUGUUAUGCUUUGCGUGCGCCGGCUCAACUGAACAAUGUACAUGUGUGCAAGGUUUCUUUGUAUUUCAUUCAUUUGGAGGUGGUACUGAAUCUGGCUUUUCAUCGUUGUUAAUACAAAAACUCCCUGACACCUACCACAAGAAAUGUAAGUUACAAGUAGCAGUAUAUCCAGCUCUGCAGGUGUCAACGGCUGUUGUAGAAUCCCACCAUGCCAUUUUAAUCACACAUGCAACUAUUGCAGCAGCAGAUGUAGCAUUUAUGGUUGAUAACGAAGCUAUUUAUGAUAUUUGUCGGACCAAAUUAGGAAUUGAACGACCCCGCUACACUAAUUUAAAUCGUUUGAUCAGUCAAGUGGUUUCAUGA